CCCGUAACUCUCUCAUCAGCGCCUGCUUCCUCACUUCUCACACACUUUCCGUGCUCCAACAUCGAAUCGCAAAUUCUAGGGUUAGGGUUUUCAAUUUCUUCCUCCAUCAGAAAAUGAGUUCCACUGGCGGUUCAACCAAGGGCGGAAGGGGCAAGCCCAAAGCCUCUAAAUCCGUUUCAAGAUCGCAAAAAGCUGGCCUCCAAUUCCCCGUCGGAAGAAUUGCUAGGUUUCUCAAGGCUGGUAAAUAUGCUGAACGCGUUGGUGCUGGUGCUCCUGUUUAUCUCUCCGCGGUUCUCGAGUAUCUCGCUGCUGAGGUGUUGGAACUGGCUGGGAAUGCUGCUAGGGACAACAAAAAGAAUCGUAUUGUUCCCAGGCACAUUCAGCUUGCGGUGAGGAAUGAUGAGGAGUUGAGCAAGCUUCUUGGAUCUGUCACCAUUGCCAAUGGAGGGGUUUUGCCCAAUAUUCACCAGACUUUGCUUCCCAAGAAAGCUGGCAAGGGCAAGGGUGAAAUUGGAUCUGCUUCUCAAGAGUUUUAGGGUUUUUGAUGGAUGGGUUUAGACUAUAGUUUUGAUUUUAUCGUGGCUGUAAUAUACGUGGUUUUGGUAUUUUCUAUAUAUCUUCUCUGAGAGAUUAAGUAUUUCUCAGUCAGGUGAACUGAAUGGUGUAUAUCACUUUUGGGUGGGAUAUCAAUGCGAAGUCAUGUUUUGAUGAAUUAUAAAUGGAUGCCAUUAAAAAAGCGGUGUUAUGAUAAUAUUUUUUCUCCAUGGUUGAUA